CAGGGGGCGCUGUAGUCGCCUUGGACCUCACUGCCCUUCCAACAGCAUCGCUCACCUUCAGCCGGCCUGACGCACCCAAAACAGGGAAAAGGCAGCCGCGAAUCUCGAAUAGGUCUUCCAGUGCAGCGGAGGGGCCACGUUUUCAUCAGUUCUUUUAAUAAUGUAGGCCGGUCGUUUGCUGUUUUGACAACUAAUUAGCGCCGCCCUGGCUCACUGCGACACGGAAACGCCAUCAGGCUUCUUCGCCUUUUCGACGCUUAAAUAGUCGAAGGAGGGGAAAAAAAAGAACGAACACCCCAAGCUUGUCUGCAGUCCCUGUGGAAGAGGAAAGAGCGACCUCCGUGGAUAUCCCGUCGUGUCCUGACGCUUCGGGUCCUAGGCCGCCAAGCAGCAUCUUCGCCAGCCUCCUCCUCGCCCUCCUCGCCCUCCUCCUCCUCCUCCUCAUCCAAUCUGCGCCAUGGCCGACGUCCCAGCCGAGUGCAACAUCAAAGUGCUGUGUCGCUUUCGUCCUCUCAACCAGUCCGAGAUCAUUCGGGGGGACCUUUUCCUGCCCAAAUUCCAAGGAGAUGACACUGUCGUCGUCGGGGGCAAGUCCUACAUGUUUGAUCGAGUGUUUCCAACCAACACCACCCAGGAGCAGGUGUACAACACCUGUGCCAAGCAGAUUGUCAAGGAUGUGCUGGGCGGCUACAACGGCACCAUCUUCGCCUAUGGGCAAACCUCUUCGGGCAAGACUCACACCAUGGAGGGCAAGCUGCACGACCCUCACCAGAUGGGCAUCAUCCCCCGCAUUGCCGAGGACAUCUUCAACCACAUCUUCGCCAUGGAUGAAAACCUGGAAUUCCACAUCAAGGUUUCAUAUUUUGAAAUCUACAUGGACAAAAUCCGCGACUUACUGGACGUGACAAAGACCAACCUGUCUGUCCACGAGGAUAAGAACCGUGUGCCGUAUGUCAAGGGAUGCACCGAGCGCUUUGUCUCCAGCCCGGACGAGGUGAUGGACUUGAUUGACGAGGGCAAAUCAAACCGCCACGUCGCCGUUACCAACAUGAACGAGCACAGCUCUCGCAGCCACAGCAUCUUCCUGAUCAACAUCAAGCAGGAGCACGUGGAGACCGAGCAGAAGCUUUGCGGAAAACUCUAUCUGGUGGACCUGGCGGGAAGCGAGAAGGUCAGUAAGACGGGGGCCGCGGGAGCCGUACUGGACGAGGCCAAAAACAUCAACAAGUCUCUGUCGGCCCUGGGAAACGUCAUCUCAGCCUUGGCCGAGGGCACGAAAAGCCACGUGCCGUACCGUGACAGCAAAAUGACCCGCAUCCUGCAGGAUUCUCUUGGCGGGAAUUGUCGCACCACCAUGUUCAUCUGCUGUUCGCCCUCCAGCUAUAAUGACGCCGAGACUAAGUCCACACUGAUGUUUGGGCAACGCGCCAAGACUAUCCGUAACACGGCUUCCAUCAACUUGGAACUGACAGCUGAGCAGUGGAAGAGGAAGUACGAGAAGGAGAAGGAGAAGAGCAAGACCCUGAAGGAGAGCAUCCAAAAGCUGGAGGCCGAGCUCAACCGCUGGAGGAACGGAGAGGACGUACCCGAGACGGAGAGGACCCGGCCGGAGAUCGCGACCCGCUACGAGUCGGCGGAGGAGCGCCCCGUUCUGGAUAACGACACCUCUUCCAUUGUGGUUCGCAUUUCCGAGGAGGAGCGCCAGAAAUAUGAAGAGGAGAUCCGCAAGCUGUACAAGCAGCUGGACGACAAGGAUGAUGAGAUCAACCUGCAGUGUCAGCUGGUGGAGAAACUGAAGCAGCAGAUGUUGGAUCAGGACGAGCUGUUGGCGUCUUCGCGCGGGGACGGCGACAAGGUGCAGGCGGAGCUCGGCAGGCUGCAGGUGGAGAGCGACUGCGCUAAGGCGGAGGUGAAGGAGGUGCUGCAAGCUCUGGAGGAGCUGGCCAUCAACUAUGACCAAAAGAGCCAGGAGGUGGAGGAGAAAGGUCUGCAGAACCAGCUGCUGGCCGACCAGCUGGCUCAGAAAAUGGCAAGUCUGAUGGAGCUGGAGGCGGAGCUAUCUCGCAUGCAGGAAGUGAGCGGUCAGCAGAGGAAACGUAUCGCUGACGUCCUCAACGGGCUGAUGAGGGACCUGAGCGAGUUCAGCUCCAUUGUGGGCAACGGCGAAAUCAAGCUGCCGGUGGAGAUCAGCGGCGCCAUCGAAGAGGAGUUCACAGUGGCUCGCCUCUACAUUAGCAAGAUCAAGUCGGAGGUGAAGAGCAUGGUGAAGCGUUGCCGGCAGCUGGAGAACAUGCAGCUGGAGUGCCACCGCAAGAUGGAGGAGACCGGGAGGGAACUCUCCUCGUGCCACCUCCUCAUCUCUCAGCACGAGGCGAAGAUCCGCUCGCUGACGGAGUACAUGCAGAGCGUGGAGCACAAGAAGAGGCUGCUGGAGGAAAGUCACGACUCUCUGAGCGAAGAGUUGGCCAAGCUGCAGGAGCGAGACAAUUCUCUUCUGGAGGAGAAAGAUGGAGAGAAGGGGGAGACGGAAGAUGGAAAUGUGAAGAAAGUCGCCCGUCAACAGGCGGAGUCUCACCGCGGCCUCCAUCACCAGCAGCUGGCUCGUCUGCGCGACGAGAUCAACGAGAAGCAGAGACUCAUCGACGAACUCACCGAUCGGAAUUCCAAGAUGGAGCUGGAGCUGGCUCAGGUUCGCUCGGAAUUUGAGCGUCUGAAGAGUCAGGACAGCAGCAAGAGCGAGCGCCUGGAGGAGCUCUCAUUCCUGCACGAGCGCCAUGAGCAGACUAAACAGGACCUGAAGGGUCUGGAGGAGACUGUCGCCCGCGAACUCCAGACCCUCCACAACCUCCGCAAGCUGUUCGUUCAAGACCUCACGUCGCGGGUUAAAAAAAGUUCCGAAAUGGAACCUGAUGAUAGCGGGGGGUCGUGCACCCAGAAGCAGAAGAUUUCCUUUCUUGAGAAUAACCUGGACCAACUUACAAAGGUUCACAAACAGCUGGUUCGUGACAAUGCGGAUCUGCGUUGUGAGCUUCCAAAGCUGGAGAAACGCCUUCGGUCUACUGCUGAGCGAGUUAAGGCCCUGGAGACUGCACUGAGGGAUGCCAAGGAGGGUGCCAUGAUGGACCGCCGUCGCUACCAGCAGGAAGUCGACCGCAUCAAAGAUGCCAUGAGGGCGAAAAACGCCUUGCGACGUCCUCAUGCGGCGCAGAUUGCCAAGCCCGUGAGGCCGAAGCAAAUGCCCGUCUGCUCUCCCAGCAACCCGUUCUACUCGUACAUCCGGGCCACCGAGCACGCCGACACCUUCAGCAACGCCGUCUUUCAGAGCGACGUGACGCCGACCAACUCCGCGAGCGUCAACUGCAGCCCAAACUCGGUUCAGACCAACACAGUUUCCACAGCACUGGGCUACAGAGCGGGCAGAUACAAUGGAGACAUACUGGAAUCCUUCCCACUUAACAUUGACAAUGCAGGAAACAGCAUCAGUGACACAAGAGACAUCAAUGACAACAGGAGCGAUGUGCACUGCGCCGGCGAGGCGGACGACUCCAGCAGACACUUCCUCGCUCACCGGGAGACGGCCGCAAGUUAG